AAUCAGAAACCAGCAUCCCUUAAGCAACGCAUUGUAGCUAACCUGUCUGGGAUCGAGGCUGAAACUCCUCCCCUGUUCCCAAGGAUCAUAUUCGCGUCUCCUUGGCAGCGAACCCUGCCGCUCCCGUCGGCAACCGCCGCAUAAUAUGUCACGAUAGCGAUGUGCUCCUCUUGACGUUCAUUCGUUUGCCCCUCAGUCGCCAUCGAAUUCCGGCUUCUGCAUCGAGAACCUAGGUAGUCGAUAACCAAUACCAAAUCGCCGGCGAGGGCAUGACCGAGCUAUGCAACUCAGUCCUCUACAAUCGCGGCUGGCGGCAUCCGUCGUCGCCUCCUGCCUGCUUCUCCUCCUCUACUUCACCCUGUUCUCGCCGAACUUCGCCCUCGCCGCCGAAUUGGAGCUGACGCUGCCGGUGCCAAUCGGUGACUUGGACCUUCCCUUGCGCCUGGAUGGCAGAAGCCAGUUCGACCCAACAUACGAGCCCGAGUUUGCAGCCUUUGAUAGGAGCAUUAUUGGGAGGGCACCGGCUGGAGUGACCCCCCUCUUCAACAAUGCGCCCCAGCCGAUGAAUGUGGUGGAAGGAACCACGCAAUUGUUUGUCUUUGAAAAAGCGUCGAUAUUCGGACGAGCGCCGGGCAGCUCAGUCCGCUCAGAGUCGCUGGAGUUGAGAGGGGAACAUGACGAGGGAGGGAGCAUGUUGGAGUCGCGGUCUGGCGAUGAUACGACUACGAAGAGGGAGACUAAGAUGGUAUAUAUCUCAGCAAAUACCUGCCAGCAGCCUCAGCCCAUCGAUCCGAGCAAGACUACGAUGGAUCCUCCUCAGCUCACCUUGUUCGUUUCUACAUCCCCCAAGAACCAAUCUCCUGGCCCGAUGGGAGCCUCUGGCACGCAAACGGUUGUCGAGUUCACGGAAGGGGCAGUCAUGUUCAAUCUGAGUACAUCUGGAGACGUCUUCCUCGGCAUCCACGCGCCCAACGUCUCUCACGUCUUCUCUGGAACAUACAACUUCCAGGUUGCUGUGUCUUCGGACGGGUGGUAUCACAGCUUCGAUCCCACCGCCGACGCGGAUCUCAUCUGGGUCGACAGCGACUCCCAGGGAGCCUUGCUCAUCACCCACAACCUUACGGAUAGCACCGACGAGGCGGUUGGUGCUUCUAUCAUGAAAACGCAGCCUUACGUUAUGUUUGCACAAAACCAGGACGACCGAUCCAUCAGUGGCCUCAAGUACUCUUACUGUGGUCUACAAAACUUUGCGCAGAUUGCGGCCACUAAGAAUGGCAAAUUCACAAGUAUGGUGACGACCGGCAUGACAAGAAGAGGACCUGGCAACUUGCCCAAGCAACAGUUCUACUUCAGCGGUCUCAACUCGAGCAGUAAAUACCAAGGAAUCCUCGCCCGGAGCGGCAGGUCUGGUGAGGCAGGGGCAGGACCGAACGACAUUGGCGGUGGGGGUCUCGUUUUCAGGGCGACUAAUUUCACCACCAAGUCUGACCAUGGCAAUUGCCAGAUCAUACUCAACCUGCCUUUCUGCGACCAAGUGGCAUACUCAGUACCGGCCAAUCCCGCGAAGUUCGCCAACGCUACAUUCCUGGCCAACUUCUACGACAACUAUGCUUCAUCCAUGUUUGACAACUUCAAGAAAGUCCUGCAGCAGAUUCCCUGCGAGGCGCCGCCGUCUCAGCGUUAUUCGUUGGCGCGGAACUGCACCGAUUGCGAAGCAGCAUACAAAGCGUGGUUGUGUUCUGUCACUAUCCCGCGCUGUGAGGACUUCUCGACCCAGGGCGACUUCCUCCAGCCACGCAACAUUAGGCAGGCCUUCCCGGACGGCGAAGUCUUGGACGGUGCGACCGUUGCAUCGUUCCCCAACAUCUCGGCCUACACGUCGAGCCGCAACCGCCGGAUCGACGACAUUGUCCAGCCAGGCCCGUACAAGGAGGUCCUGCCGUGCGAUGAUCUCUGCUAUAACCUCGUCCAGAGCUGUCACCCCUCGAUGCAGUUCUCCUGCCCGCGGCCGGGGAUGACCGGAUUCAACACAAGUUACGGACAGCGCACCACCGAGGAUGGAGACGGCCUGGUGACAUGUAAUUAUCCCGGGUCAGCCCACAUUUUCUCGGGGUCUACCCAGCCGGCGAUUCCGCGGGCUCUCUUAUCGACUAUUAUUGGAGCCUUGCUGUUUGUGUUGACAUAGCGUUGCGACUCUUCUGCCUGCAGCCUUUUGGACGCUGUUAUAUACCGGGGCGGAUGUGUUUAGGCCGUGGCGUUUUAUGAUUUUGCGUCGGCGUUGGGGGAAUGGCUCAUACCAUUUGAGACAAUGAUUUUGUGAUAUUAUGACUCAAUAGGGGGGAGUGCUUAAUGCUGGAAUCGGGCAUCAUAUAGCUACAGCUUGUGUUACAGGGCAAUGAUACAGGAUAGAUCCGAAUCAAGUGCCAGUUAAACGGGCAGUUUCCAACCA